GAAGCUUAAUUUUUAGUUUUAUUACAUAAUCCUAUUUAUCUAAUCAACUACGUCUAUAUUUUGAUAAGUAAUUUUAGUUUGGAUCAAAUCAGAAACUGAUAUGGAACAAGAUUCAAAGCCAAAGCUAAAAUUCUAAGAUCCAUCUAAAGCAGCAGGCAGAUACAACAGCUAAAAAGUACUCUCACUCACCGGAAAAAAGCAGCCAGACAGCACAGAAACCUCCCCUACGAAGAAAGAAAAGCAUCUCAAGUCCACUUCUUGAAUGGAUUAUGGUUAUACCCCAUGCAGUACAAUUCACAACCUUCACCUCUCCUCACCACAAACAUGGAGAAAGCCUUGGCUACGUUUUCUGCUUCAACAGCCACCGCAAUUUUACUUCUUGCCUCAACUCUCUAUAUUCAAGGAGUGGAAGGAAGUAUUGGAGUAAACUAUGGCACGUUGGCUAACAACCUGCCUCCACCAGCACAGGUAGCCCAUUUUCUUUUAGAAUCCACCAUUAUCAACCGCGUUAGGCUCUUUGAUGCCAGCACCGAAAUUCUACGAGCCUUUGCUCACACAGGCAUUGAAGUCACAGUCACAGUGACAAAUGAUCAAAUCCCUCACCUUACCAACAUAGGUUUUGCACAAGAAUGGCUGAAGUCCAAUGUCCAGCCUCAUGUGCGGACCACCAACAUUGUCCGAAUCUUGGUAGGCAAUGAAGUAAUAUCAACAGCAAACAAAUUGUUAAUAGCAAGCUUGGUUCCUGCUAUGCAAACUCUUCAUACAGCUUUAGUUGGUGCGUCAUUAGACAGUAGAAUCAAAAUCUCUAGCCCUCACUCUUUAGGCAUUCUCUCAAGUUCGAGCCCACCAUCCGGUGGGAAAUUUCGACAAGGAUAUGAUACACAUGUUCUUAAACCGUUGCUUAGCUUCCUUAGAGCUACCAAUUCACCAUUCAUGAUUAACCCUUAUCCAUUCUUUGGAUCCUCUCCUGAAACUCUUGAUUAUGCACUGUUUAGGCCUGGUUCAGGAGUGUUUGAUGAAAACACCAAGCUUUCUUACACAAACAUGCUAGAUGCGCAACUGGAUGCUGUCUUUUCAGCAAUGAAACUUCUUGGUUUUAGUGAUAUUGAGAUUGUCAUAUCCGAAACCGGGUGGCCAUCACUAGGAGAUUCAUCACAAGUUGGUGUUGAUGCAGAAAGUGCAGCUCAAUACAAUAGGAAUCUGAUGCAGCAUGUAACAUCUGGAGCUGGCACCCCGCUCAUGCCCAACCGGACAUUUGAAACUUACAUUUUCGCACUUUUUAAUGAAGAUCUCAAGCCAGGGCCUACCUGCGAGAGGAAUUUCGGAUUGUUCCUGCCGGACAUGACUCCAAUGUACGAUAUUGGAAUCCUAAGGUCUACGGUAGCUGCUGCUAGCAAAUUCCACCAUGCUACAUAUAUCUCAGUCCUUACAAUCGGGCUUCUAAUAAUUUCUAACAAUGGCUAAAUCAUCCAUUCCUACGAAUCCUGCCCUUGUACCAAGUGACUGCACUGGUGAGUCCAGGUUCAUGAGAAGGGCCUUAAGGAAAAAAAGCGGUGCCUUCCUAAAACAGGAGCAGAUGUGGAGGCUCUACAGAGAAACGUUGAUUAUGUGUGUGGCAUGGAAAUGAAGUACUGCACACCUAUUCAAGAAGGUGGUGAAUGCUUCCUGCCCAUGGUGAGAGCUCACGCAGCAUUCGCCAUGAAUGCAUGCGAUCAAGGCACGGGAAAGAAUUGCGAUUUCGAAACUGGGGCGAUUUCAACAGUGGAUCCAAAUAUGUCCCUUUUCUUUCUGCACUCAUGAUAAUACACCCACACUCACCCUUUUUGUUUUUGAUAGAAACUCUUUUACAAGAAAUUGGUAUAUCUUUCUCCAUUCCAGGGUGCACGUAUUGAAGACAUCGGUGCAUGCAGUGGAUUAUUUGCAAUGAAGAAGAGGGUUGGCUCAGAAGAUGAACUUCUGUUUGUUGACCUUGAAAGGGCUAUAGAACAAGAACUAGGAGAAAAUAUACGCUUAAUUAGGCAUUAUGUCUACUGGUUUAGUAACUCUCAUUCUAAUGCUUAUAGAAUACGUAUAGAUAGGACAACAGGUCUACAAAUAUUGUACUGUUAGCUAUUUGCUCAGAGAUUUGUAAAAGUGAAUGCUAUUACAUUGGUAUAAUCAUAUGAACAUGGAUUAACACUCCUUAA